CCCCCAAGGACAUCCCCCAAUUUCUUGAAUGGGUGAAGAGCAUGUGGAAUGCUGUAAAACAUGAAAACUUUAUCUUCAGCUUUAGAAACAGUCUUGUUGCUGACGCCUAUAACCAGUUGUCUGUAAAUUAUGCAGAAUGGGAAUGGGGUUUCCGCAAGAUGAUGCAUCUCUGGGUAUCUGAAAAGGAAACUUUCAUCCAAAAUCAGCCACCAGAUAAACUAGACACCAAUGUUUUAACCAAACUAAAGAAUGAGGCACAGGACAAACUGAGACAAGAAGCAGAGAAGAUUUUGGAUAAUUUAAAACAAUAUUUUGAAAGUGGAGCAGAAAAUCUGCACCUGAUAGAAAAGUACAAAGAAGAUUUUAGGAGAAGUGCAGAUGGUCUGAGGAAUGAACUGGAGAGUUAUUCAUUCAGCAAGUUGGAAGAAGCGAUUGAAAUUAGAAAAGGCCGACAUAAAACAGAUGCUGUCCUGUCACAGUACAAGAGAAGAACUGAAGAGAAAGUUGACAGGCUUCUGAAACAUUGCAGGAAAAGCAAAUGCAAGCUAAAUAAUGAUGAACAGGAGAAAGAAUUUGAAACCAUGUGGAGAGAAACAUUGUCAGAAUUAUCACCCAUUCCUUUACAGAAACGCAUCAUAGAUAAAGAAAUGGAGUUACAUUUGAGAAGAGACCUAGAGAAUAGGGGGAGUGCAGCAUGGCAGAUGUUAAAGGAGGCCAAAAGCUUGUCUACUUAUAGAACACAAAAUUUCAAAAUGAAAAAUGAAUACUUAGACUUCAGUGUGCUCAAAUGUAAGAAAAUAUCAGAGUCAGCUGUAAAAGCGUUGCAAGGUGUGAAAGAGUUCUUUACACAGGAACGCUGGCAUAAAACAGAGGCUCUAGCUAAAUUCUUAAUAGAUGAGUGCAAUAGUUACACUGAAGAAAAGGCAAAUGGCAAAGCAGAUUAUGAUGAUACUUAUUGCAGAGAGUUGUUGCGGAUGAUUAACGAGCAGCUUCAGCAGGCUAAUUGUCAAAACCUUCACAUCAGCUCUUGUUUUGAAGUUGAGCUGAAGCUUCACAUUUUGGGGGAUGCAGCUCGGGCAUUUCAGAAGAUGCAUGAAGAAUUCAUUACAGAAAAUGACCCUCUGCAAUGUCUGGGGAAACUGAAACCUCAGUAUCUCUCCACAUUUAAAGCUCUGUACUUAGAGAAGGAUGAGUGUCAAGAUAGGGCCUGGAAUUUCUGUGAUCAGUGUCUCAGACCUGCCCUGGUGGACUAUGUGAACAAGAGACUUGGGAUAGAAAUUGUGGAUGACAUUCUCAGCAGUGAACGGUCUAUUGAGUACAGCACCCGGAACUUCUUCCAAUUCUUUGUUCUGGAGAAGCUGUUGGAAGAAAAUGACUUUAACAAUUAUGUGCAAUACACAAGGAAUUAUGUAGAUUUUAUCAAAACCUGGAUACAGAAACACGUGUUAACACGUUACAGAGAGAAGGCAAGUUUGGGAGAUUUGGAAAAAAGGAUUUUCUCCCCAAUAAUUAAUAAACUCAGUGAUGUUCUGAAAAACUCCAAAGGUGAGAAGACUAAGACAGUCUCUGCCUUUUUAGACAACUUUCGUGAAAAGCUGCAGCAGGAUCUAGUCAUUCCCAAGGACAGCUUAGAAGUGAUACUGUUUAAAAACACAGCAAGUCCAGACCAAUUUUCAGCUUUUAUAGAACAGUUUAUUCCUGAUCUGGAAAAACAAGUUUUAUCCACUUUUGAAAAUCUGGAAAUUGAGUCAAAACUCUCAAAACUUGCAGUGAAGCCCCAGGAUGAGAUCUUCAAGCGAGUGUUUGGCUGUGGGAAGCAGUGUCCCUUCUGUAAAGUCCCCUGUGACGCAGGAACCCGUGCACAUACAGAGCAUUUUGCAGCAGUGCAUCGACCUGAAGGAUUAGGGGCAUACCGGUGGGUAACAACAGACAUACUUAGCUAUAAUAUAUGCUCCUCUUCUGUGGCUUCCAAUGGCACAUUCAGAUGUACAGAGACAAAAUGGGAACCUCAUCCUUAUAAAGAUUAUCGGAAAUAUUUUCCAGACUGGCGCAUCCAACCAGAUUCCAGCAUCACGGCUUCCGAUUACUGGAAGUUUGUUUUCAAGGAAUUCAAUCACCAGUUUGCUGAGGCGUUUGAUGCUCUCCCUGCCGAUCUCCCUGAGGACUGGGGUAAAAUAACCAAAGAGCAGGCACUGGAGAGCCUAAAGGAAGCCUUUAAAUCGAAGUAAAAAAGAGGCUGAGAAACUCCGUUGUGAGCAGAAAGUUACAGAAGUUAAUUUUCUUUAAAUGUGGCAUGUGAAAAAAUCCCAUAUCUUCUAAAUAUGUAAUGUUGCUUCCUCUUAAUAUCAGACACAGUUUUCAGCUUCCAAACAGAUAAAGAAGCAAUGCUUUUUCACAUUUCACAUCCCAUAGAAUUUAUGGAAAAUUAAAGAUGAUGGAAAGACCCAUAUGUGGUGUUUCUGCAUCUUUGUCUUAAGGACCAAAUGACCAAAAUCCCUAAUUUGUCCUCACCACUGCAUUUUACUGGUGCAGUGAUACCAUGUAGUGACCUGCAAACCUCCAAAGAGCCCCCGAAUACCAACCAUCCACUUCUGCUACUUAACGCAUCAAUAACCUGCACUUUUGCAACUAAUCUGACACCAAACCGCCUGGCCCUG